UAGACUCUAUUCACGCACGCGCUAGAGUUCGUAGCGAUAACGAGGCUGACCUGACAAAAAGCACAUGUGCGAGCAGACGCUGAAAAUGGACGGCCAUGCGAAAACGGGCUCCGCGGCUUAUUGUUGUGUGCCGCUUUGCAAUGAAGACAGUCGUCGGGGUACAGCGACAUCCUUCCACUCUUUUCCAAAGGAUCCAUCUGUACGGAAAGAGUGGAUUAUCAAAGUACGGCGAGACGAAGGCCCCGACUUCCAUAUAUCAAAGUCCACAUUUGUAUGUUCCAAGCAUUUCAAAGAAGAUGAUAUUGUAAAAACAUUGACAGGACUAAGAAAAUUGAAGAAAGGCACAGUACCGAGUAUAUUUCCAUGGACUAAGAGUGCACCAAGCCGUAAACCACCCAAGAAGAGGGAAGGACCUCCCCAGUAA